AGGUAGAGAGGUUACACACCCUUUAUGACUACACCUGAGGUCUUCUAGGAAGGAUGUCCCGGUUGACGGGAGAUCUAAAGGCAAUAUCGAUAUAGUGGCAACACAGUGAUCUGUAGUCUCACUCAUUUUAAGUAGAACCAGGGGAUUCUUUAGACAACAAGCUACGGCCCAGCUACGACCGACAUACCAGGGUAUAUCUCCAACAAGGCAGGCGUAGAUUUAUGACAUAGUUAAGUCUUACGUUAACUCCAGCUGGGUACAAAUGCUUAGCGAACUGAAGUAUCGUUUUACACUAGAGUAACUUGCACGUAACUGCCACGUCUUGGCGACGUUUGAUGCUACCGGGUCCAAGUGAAUGAGCGGGCAACUAUCAGCCCUGGUGACUUCGAGGCCAGGACAGUGACUCCUUAGAAUUUGUACAGGACGGUCGACAUGGCACAAUCCACGUGUUGGAAGCUAUUGUGUACCGUUCUGGGUAUCUUGGAGGCUGCUGUCUACUCUGUCACGGUCUUCGGAUGGCCAGCAUUUGUUUUCAUAUUCGUAGAGGAAGGAUUUUACGGUGAUUGGUGUUAUUUUGAUUCUGUUACCAAUAGUUCUGAUUGUAACGGACUACCUACUAGUAACUGCACCCAAGAAGCAGCUGAAGACGCCCGAGUUCAUAAGUGCACCGAGCAGGAAGAGGCGCUCACCCUUGUAUACACGAUCGCUGUUAUCGGUGUGGUAUCUUUACCAGUGCUUGGAUAUAUCUAUGAUCACUGCGGGACCGUUUGUGUGAGGAUUGUAUGUAUAUGCCUAUGCGCUGGUGGAUUCUUCUUGAUGGCGUUAGCAGAAAGAGGAACAGAAUGGCUGUUAUUUCCCGGGGCUGUAUUUCAGGUGCUUGGAGGUCUACAGUUAGCUGUAACUGACGUCCAAGUGGCCGGACUAUUUCCUAAGGCACAAGCAACGCUCACCUGUUUGGUUUCCGGUGCUAUGGGUAUAAGCGCCUUUGUACCUGUUUUGUUAAAGUUGACAUACCAAGCUGGAGUGUCAUACAAAACGUGCAUGUUUACCUUUACCGGCAUCAUACUUCUUGUGUCUUCUGUCAACACAAUCACCCUUCCUCCAAGAAGAGAUGACGAGGGGAAAAACAUUGAUAUCGCUUGUUGCUUAAAGAAACACAAAGGAUACAGCAGUACUGGAAAAUCACCAACAUCAUGCAAAGAAAGUAGUACAAACGUCCACAGCCAGAACAUCCAGGCUGAUGGUGAUGGAUUUGUAUCUAACGAUGAGGUUAACGAACUUCAUAUUAAUCGCCAGGGCUUCCCAAGCGCACCAAACACACCAGAUGACACAAAUAAACUAUCAAAAACGGAACCCGCCCAUGAUGUCGAUAAUAACACUUGGCAACAACACAAAAACGAUGUCAAUCCCGUGCAGUCAUGUGAAGACAGACGUAUGCACUUGGUCCCCAACGUAGAAAACGCUGAAGAUGACAAAGGCACUAACACCAGCUUACUCCAAGGCUCGGUACUGAUUCUCAAAAGUCCUUCUUUUUGGGUGCUGAUGCUGUGGUUUUUGUGCCAGGAAACCCUUAUGGUCACAUACCUAGGCAGUUUUUACUCUGUGAUCAAUUACUACGGAAACAAUGUGAAAAGUACAGUAAGUACGUAUACGGACGCAUUUUCCUGGCUUCAAAUGGGUUCCCUUUUUUUGGCCUUCUUGACUGGUUUGAUGUUGGAUAAACUCCUUUCUAGGGCAACUAAAGACGACAAAGAACAAUGCUUCAUGGUUCCAUUUGCCCUGACUGUUUUGGCAGCGAUCGUCGUCUCCAUAGCAUGUAUCAUCCCCAUUAUCGAGAUGCAGUUUGUGGCCAUUUUGUUUCACUCUCUGUUGAAAACCGGAAGUUACGCCGUGCAUUUGGCAUUCAUAACCACUGCAUUUCCAAAGGAACAUAUCGGAAAGACAUUUGGAAUUCAAGUUUCCGUCGGUAAUUUGUUAACUUUUGUUCAGUUCCCAAUAUUUUCCUGGUACAAGAACAGCCUGGAAAGUGACCCACUCUGGUUGGGAGUGCUGUUUCUGGGAAUGUGUUUCAUCGCCAGCUGUCUGCCUUUUUACCUCCUCAGGCGUCGGUGUCGCUCAACGAGGUCUGACAGCUACAAGCUUUAGUUUACAGCCAGAAUAUUUAUCAAAAGAUGGCAGCACGUGAACCAUGGUGUCACCGGACUAGACAAGGGUUUUGGAUGUCACGACCGGGCACCAACAAUUGUCAGUAGCAUUUUUAGAAACACUUUUUAUUGGGAAAUAUCGCGCCAUGAUCAGCCAGAUUAAAGCAAUGAGAGCUAUGUAAAGGUAGAUGGCAAACACAACGUGUUUACCCCAUAUUAACUUCAUGUGUGUCUGAAAAUGAUAAAUAAUGAUUGUUUGCCAUGGCCCACUUGUCUGGUUCAUUCUUCUACUAGGAGGCCAAGUGGAUGACUCUCAAAUUCUGUCAUGCAGAGUCAGCAUUUAGUAUGUUAUAUCGUUUAUAUCGUUCAAUUCUGUCAAGUAGAUAUCUGUACGUGUAAAUGCCCACACUGUACAAUAAACAAACCGCACCUUAAAUGUUUGCGUGCCG